AUGAAUAUGUAUUGGGUCGAUGUUUUGUACAACAAUUGGGUGCAAAAGAAUCUAGAACUAUGGCGAAAACAAUUUAAGAGACAUGGCAAGUGUUUUGACUAUCCUGAUCAUCCUUUAUAUUAUUUCAACACUGCCUUAGAUUUUGUGAGGAGGGUCAAUCUUCUUCGGAUACUUGGUGAUGCAAGUAUUUUUCCCCGCAAUACAGAAGGAUAUCUUGCAUCCUACAUCGCUAAUAAUAUUAGUUAUGUUGGGGGAAAAAGAGCUCAAAUUCGCUGCAACGAGGACGCCAAUGGAGCCUUGCAGCUCUAUGAGGUCCAAAUAUGUUUCAAGCCGAAUGGUGUUACUAUAAAUUGCGAAUUUGGUUAUAAUAACUGUAACGAGGAUGAUAUGAUAAACUUCCCUCUUCCUUAG